GCCGUCACGCAGAAGUACCUCAUUGUCACUGCAAACUAUCCAGCUCGCAGGCUGGGUGUCACCAAACUACAGGGAAUCACUGUUGCCAAGGAGCGCUGCCCUGGCUUGGUGCUCGUUAGCGGCGAAGACCUGUCACCUUACCGGCAGGCCUCCAAGCAGAUCCUGGGAGUGCUGCAGCGCUUUGGUGUUGCCGAGCGUCUAGGCAUGGAUGAGGUCUUCCUGGACGUCACAGAGGAAGUGCGCUCUCGCAUGGCCAAAGGCAUGUUUGCCCCGGCCUUCAUCGGCCAUAUGCACACCAGCAGGGUAAGAUCAGAGCAGGAGUGGGAGGUCGCUCUCAAGAUUGCGAGCAGCAUUGCGGCCGAGGCUCGCGCUGCUGUGAAGGCAGAGGCUGGCUACAGGACGUCUGCAGGCAUCUCCUGCAGCAAGAUGCUAGCCAAGCUGGUCAGCGGCAUGCACAAGCCAGACGAUCAGACCAUCCUGCUGCCCCCAGACGCCCCGGCAUUCGUUGCUCCUCUCCCCGCCCGCACCAUCCCUGGUACGCCGAGCCUUCUGUAA